CUGAGCGUUUUCUUUCUCUUUAUAUGUAUGAUACUUGUAAGCAGCACACCGACCUGCGGUGAUACGAUACCCAAAUCAUUCUGUUUCCGCUAACAUCCAAUAUCUGUACUUCGCUUCUCGUUUGCUUGUACUUGUAUCAUACACAUGCGCGCGCGCUUAACACCGCUUGUGUUAGAUGUCUUCAUUGAAAAGAUGAAUCAUGGUUUGUCUCUCUUCAUCUAUUUUACUCAUGCGAAGUCUGGUACCGAGCCUUUCGCCGUUACACUGCUCACACACUCAGAUAGAUCAAUCAUACUCUCACCGGGUUGCGGUAAUAUCAGGGUGGGAAAUAAACCCAUGCUUCGUCGAGCUAGGUUCAGGUUCAAAAAAAAGUCAAGAAAUAUCAUUUGGGGAAGAUUAUCAACAUCGUUUUCAUGACCAUCAUGGCCCGUCUCGCCUUCUGGUAUGCUUGAUUUCCAUCAGGUCACAAACAUCCAUGUAUACCUAUCUCGUAUCUACUGUAGGCGCGUCAACCCAUGCCGACCGACGACUACAGCGUAUUCACAGUAUCACGCUCUGGAUUACAGUGAGUGACCUAACUUCGCUCACCUCCCCAGAGGUAUUUUUGCCAACCGACGAAUGUGGAUGAUCACAAUAUCAACAACACGCGUAGCCCAUCAGAAGUGUUGGGCAGGCAGGGUUGACAGAAUAUUUCCACAAAGUCAAUAUCUGCCUGAUCCCUCUUGUUCCGGGCAUCUCGUAGGGUUUGCAUGAAUGCAUCGUCAUCUCCGUUUUUUUCUUUUGCCGUGGAAUUUUGACUUCCAUCCGCUUUUUUCCAAAAGAUGACCCUCAUCUUCGACUAU